CCAAAGUUGGCCACUUAUACUACUUUCAACCAGUAGGCAGACGUUAAAACUAGCUGAUAACGUAUAUCAAGGUAAAGAAUUAAAUAAACUUUGCCCAUUUACACAUUUGAGUUCAAGGUGCAACCCUCCCUUAACACUGCACAAAACCCUUUACUAAAGGGGUCUUCUUUUACCCCACAAACUCACCAACCAGGUGACGAACAUCACCACUUUUUCUGUUGGAGGGGUUUUAGUAUUUAGGACUUUCUCUGACUGGGACUACGAUUUUAUUGUUUCCUUUUUAUCCUUUUGAGAGGAGACAUUUCGUCACAUCCUGUCGGCGUAGACCUAUAUUUUCUUGUCUGGACUUUGCACGAGUAAGAAUUUGGUAUCAGUGCCCACCCGGUGUUGCUUCAGUAGCUAGAAUGGCUACUUUACCAGGAACAGUGCCUCGAAUGAUGCGCCCUGCGCCAGGCCAGAACUACCCCCGCACCGGAUUCCCUCUGGAAGGACAAUAUACAGGACCUGAAUAUGUUUAUUGUGGAACAGUAUCAACCCCGCUGGGCCAAGGUCGGGUGAACCAGCUCGGUGGAGUGUUCAUCAACGGGAGGCCACUGCCAAAUCAUAUCAGACACAAGAUAGUAGAGAUGGCCCACCAUGGCAUCCGACCCUGUGUAAUCUCGCGACAGCUACGAGUUUCCCAUGGUUGUGUCUCCAAAAUCCUCUGUCGGUACCAGGAGACCGGUUCCAUUCGUCCCGGGGCAAUAGGAGGCAGCAAGCCUAGGCAGGUAUCAACUCCGGAUGUGGAGAAGCGGAUUGAGGAGUACAAGCGAGAAAACCCUGGGAUGUUCAGUUGGGAGAUCCGGGACAAGCUGCUGAAGGACGGGGUGUGCGACAGAAGCACUGUUCCUUCAGGUGAGGCUUCUGUGAGCUCCAUCAGCCGAGUUCUGAGGGCCCGAUUCGGCAAGAAAGAUGACGACGACGAUAGUGAUAAGAAGGAUGAAGACGGGGAAAAGAAAACAAAGCACAGCAUCGACGGGAUUCUCGGCGAUAAAGGUAAUCGUACAGAUGAGGGUUCAGACGUGGAGUCGGAGCCGGACCUUCCCCUGAAGAGGAAGCAGCGUCGCAGCCGCACCACCUUCACAGCCGAGCAGCUUGAGGAGCUGGAGAAGGCCUUUGAGAGGACACACUACCCAGACAUCUACACCAGGGAAGAGCUGGCCCAGAGGACCAAGCUCACUGAGGCCCGCGUGCAGGUGUGGUUCAGCAACAGAAGGGCCAGAUGGCGCAAGCAGGCAGGAGCCAAUCAGCUGGCCGCCUUCAACCACCUGUUACCUGGAGGCUUCCCGCCCACGGGGAUGCCCAGCCUACCUACCUACCAGUUACCUGAGUCCUCAUACCCCGGCACUACACUGUCACAGGAUGGCAGCAGUACGUUGCAUCGGCCCCAACCCCUGCCUCCGUCCUCCAUGCACCAGGGCGGGCUCUCUGACGGCAGCUCCCCCUACGGCCUCUCGUCCAAUCGCCACAGCUUCUCCAGCUACUCAGACACCUUCAUGAGCCAAUCAGCUGCCAGCAACCACAUGAACCCGGUCAGCAACGGCCUCUCCCCACAGGUGAUGAGCAUCCUGAGUAACCCCAACGCCGUGCCCUCCCAGUCCCAACAUGACUUCUCCAUCUCCCCCCUCCACGGCAGCCUGGAGUCCUCCAACCCCAUCUCAGCCAGCUGCAGCCAGCGCUCUGACUCCAUCAAGGGGGUGGACAGCCUGACCUCCUCCCAGUCCUACUGCCCCCCCACCUACAGCGCCACCAGCUACAGUGUGGACCCCGUCACCGCCGGAUACCAGUACAGUCAGUAUGGACAGACUGCAGUGGACUACCUGACUAAGAACGUGAGUCUGUCCACCCAGAGGAGGAUGAAGCUGGGAGACCACUCUGCUGUCCUGGGACUGCUGCAGGUGGAGACGGGACAGGCCUACUGAAACAGCCAGCCUCUGCCUGCCUCCACCCAGUCUAAACUCAACACCCUUUAACAUAUACAACCCUGCUGCUGCCCCCCCACCCUCCCUGCAGCCUGACCACUGCAGCACUCUCUCCCCCUCCCCACCCUGCAGGCAGUCAGGAUGUCUCUGUGUAUGUCAGAGUGUCUUUUUGCCUCUUGAUUACGAGAGGACUUGUCAUUAGAACUGCCUUUCCAUGGAUAGCCAACAGGCAGCCCGAUCCUAUACCCCAAGACCCCUAAACCGUGGCUCUGCCACUCCUGUGUGCCCCCCUCCCUGAUUGGUUCUGCCCAGGCAACCCAGAGAUGAUGGCCCCAGCCAGCAUGGAGAACACGCCCCCUGGGUGCACACUGCAGUCCAGUCCAGCACAACACUCAGAGCCACUUCCAAAUGUACUUUGACCUUGUUGUUUAUAAUAGUUCACUAAGCCAAUAUCAUUCAAAUGAUUAUCACUCUUGUUUUUUAUAUCAAUAUUGUUCAUAUUAUUAUUGCUGUUACAAUUAUGAUUAAUGUGAUUCUAUUUUUGUUUGUUAUUCCCUUCAUAGUUAUUUUCUCUCUCCGUGUGAAAUACUAGCAGAUGACUGAGGUGAUGUGUGUGUGUUUGUGUGUCAGUCCAGUCGGAGAGAGAAGCUGAUUGUUUUCCAGGCUGCGGCUCCUCUGCCUGGACCCUGAGCUCUAAUGUUCGUGAGCGAUUUGACCUUCCCGCUUUCACAUUCAACUUGACAUUCCUAAAGAACUUGGCCACUCAGUGGGAAGUCUAGCUGGGCGGAUUCUACUGCGAAUUAGCUGCGGUUUGGCGGCCAAUGGCUUCCCCCCUCCCAACAUCCAUCCUUAGCUGUACUCCAUGGGGAGGAGGGCAUUGUUUGUAAAAACAGGAUUGGGGAAAUUAAUGUAUUUUGUUUAGAAAUAUGGACCUUGCCAAGGAGGACAAAACCCCCUACCCAAAAGCUCUAUGUGACUUUAACAAUUGAAGGAGAUUAAACAACACCAACAUAGUGUCAAAGCUAAUUUUAAAUGUCCCUUCUCAUUACCAGCCAGGUUUGAUAUAUUUUGUUGUUUAAUUAAGACAUACAAUCACAUGUAGCUGUUUACCAUGUUGGUUUGGACCAGGUGUGCAUUCCUUUGAGACAUUCCUCCAGCAGGGCUGAUUGAUGCCAGUCACAUUCCUUCUCUGCCCAUGAUGAGAUUAAGAGAAGGCAAACUGUGCCAUUCACAUGCACUUUGUCAAAUCAAAUAAUCCUUUGAAUUGUGAAAGGGCACAGGUAACCGGCCUGGCUGGUCCCCUCUGGCUCUGGCUGGAUCCACCCCCUUCUAAUCCCCUGGACAUUCAACUCCUGCUUUGACCGACACACUCGCAGAAAUGUACAAAAACAAAACCUUUUUUAAAGAAUAGCUAAUAUUAAACAUUUGUGUAGCACUCAUAGUUGACUUUUGACACAAACUAUGUUGGGCUGAAUUAUAACUUGAACUUUCACACCAAUCUCUCAUUUAUAUCUGUGUAUGAUUUUUGCAGGUUUUUUUGCAAAAGUUGGAGUGAGUUACGUGUGCAUAUUCCACGUCAGGAUUUAACCCUUUGUCGCCUUUAAAUGGAAAUUGUACAGUAGCAGGUUGUGUAUUGUUUGUUUAUAAAGAGUAUGUUUUAUACUAAAACAACAACAAUGUUCAGUGGUAGUUAAGCAAGGGAUCUGCGGAAGUCAAUGUAUUUGAUUGUUUUCUUUACUGGUUUCCUUCUGUUGUUUUUGGUUGUGUAAUAUUGUAUGAAUUUCUUUAAACCAAAAUGCAGUGUUUUGAGCCAAGCUAAGUAGGGAUUUCUGUAUAUUAAAUUAGGAGAAAAUUCCAUUAAACUUCCUAAAUUGAAUAAUUGUAUAAAAGAGGUUGUUAGUUGAGAGAGAGACCAAUACGUUUUGAUAGUGACCAGAGGAAACCUAUUAUUCCACACCUACAAGUGCAGACAGAAGCAUGGGGAAGGUGUAUUCCAGCACUUGAUCUUAUGGACUCAUGAUCCGAGUGCAGACCUUACUGUGGACCAUUACAUAUCUGUCUGACCUCUGACCUCUCUCAGUGUGAAACAUUGUCCAGGGGUUCAGCAGCACAGGUUUGAUGCCAUACAGGAUGGGGACCUCUCCUGUCAGGGAAAGGAGUCAGAAUAGAACAGUGGGCUGAGCAGUGUGUUCUCUGGCUAUGUGUGUGUACAGCCAGGCUCCAGACCACACAUCUCCAUUGGAGAACACCUCACUAAAAGUAAUGAUGACUGAAGCAUGAAACCAGGCUGGUCUGAAAGCUCUGUUUAAUGAUGCCCCAUUAUUGUGUAUAUAAAAAAACAAAUAUGACUUUUUUUGUUUUUGUUUACGCUUCUAGUGUAUCAAAUCCAUUUCUAACACCUGACUCCUGACCUGUUUACUUGCUUUAUGGAAUCUGUGUUCUGCUUUAUCCCCUUUCUGUUCCACAUGUAUAUUACCAUGGUAUAAUUUAUUCUGCUGUAUGAAGUAUUAGAGUAGUGGUAUUUACUACCUUCAGCCUGUUGGUGUGUUUACUGUAACACUGCCGUAACUGUUAUCAAUUAAAGAGCUAA